AUGCCCCCGCCCCCGCUCACACUGCCCCCGCUACGCUUAACAAGCGAGACCCAAGAUCCCGGUCUAGGUCCGAUCUUGCCGCGCCGGCUCCCUCCCAAGUGUGAGGCCUCUCUCCCCUUCGGACCCGCCAUCCGUCGUCUCGCUCGCAGAGGUGGAGUGAAGCGUAUCUCCGGUUUGAUCUACGAAGAGACCAGAGGCGUGCUGAAAGUGUUCCUCGAGAACGUGAUCCGUGACGCCGUCACCUACACCGAGCACGCCAAGAGGAAGACCGUCACCGCCAUGGACGUUGUAUACGCCCUGAAGCGUCAAGGCCGCACCCUGUACGGUUUCGGCGGUUAAGCAGCACAGCGCUCCUCCGGACGCCGGCGGCGGCGAGCGCCGCCACCUCGCGGACUAUCGCGGGUGGCGGCGGCCCACUCGUCGCGUGCGUGCGUUCGCGCGCUACGCAUACAAAAAAAAGGCCCUUUUCAGGGCCGCAUAUGAUUCGAAACUGAUGUAAACGUUUCUCGAUAACAGAAUAGUCAAAAACAAAAACGUACACACCUACCUACCUACCUACCUACCUAUCUUUCCAUCCAAUAAUCCACCCAAUCACCUAUACUUACCUACCCUAUAAGAUGAUGACGAUGACGAGUAAAUAAAGUAAAAGUAAUUCCUAAUAAGUAUGCCCCCGGUAUAUUACAGUUACAACUUACCGUCUACGUACCUACCUAACUUGCAUGAUCCUCCUACAUUUUCAUAAAAUUAAUUAAUAACUUUGAAUAAAUGAAUAUACCCGUCGC